GCCCAUCCACGGCUGCCGCACUGGGCCAUCCAGACUGCUGGAGCGCCGAGUUCACUUUCGACCGCUGCUGUGCCUGCCGGGCUCCGUCUCCCGCGGCGGCGCCGGCGGCUCGGCCGGGCCGCUCCGCGGGCGGCCCCGGCGGCGGGCGGCCGUGCGAUGCGGCGUGCUGGUCGUCGUCCGCCUCGGCGUCGUCGCCGGAGCUGUGCUGCAACGCGAGCGUCUCGCCCUGGGGCCACCCGGACUGCUGGGACUCGGGCCGGGGACGCGGAGUUCACCUUCCAGCGCUGCUGCGGCUGCCGCGAGGCGCUGCUGGAGGCGGCCGCCGCCCUCGCCGCGGCGCGCGGCGGCGGCCUGUCCUGCUGGAACGAGGACGUGCACUCCAGCCCCUGCUGUGACCUGCGCCUCGGUCGCACAGGGGACGCCCGGUGUUGGGCCGGCGAGUACACUUACGAUGCUUGCUGCAGGCUCCGGCACACACCAUCCGACGGCGCUUCCGCGUGUGAGCUGGCCUUCCGUGCAUGCCCGGCCUGCAUCUCGUUGUUGGGCGUGCCGUGGUUCAGGCGCGACCACUGGCGCGACUGCCACCGAGCUGGCGGCUUGGUGUGGGUUAGCGAGUGCGGAUUGGACGCCCCUGUUGCCAUGUGUGUGCCGAAGGGUGCGAGUUGUUGGCCGAUGUCCGGCGAGGGACAAGUGGAAAGUUUAUUGGAUGCAUUGGAGCACCAGACUUACAUCCCUCGUAUCGACAUCACGCAUUGCACCCCGUCGUGGGACCCGUUGCACGGCCCAAUAUUGGUGGCUCUCGGGUUGCCUUUUGUCUUUAUUUUGCUUGGCGGUAGCCGGCGGCUGGCAGACGUUUGCGCUUCACAUUGGAAGCCUGGACGACAUUGUGCCGUCGAUGCCUUGCGCAUCCUGGGUACGUUAACAGGCGUCGUCCGGCACCUGAAUUUUCGGAGGUUUGCAGACGGGAACCCCAAUGUCGGCAGUAAGGGUUUCUGUUACAGUGAAGCCAUCAACGACGUCUCCGGCCGUUUCUUAGAUACCUUCACCGUCGCCUCCGUGUUGUUGUUAGUCCGGUCACCUCCGCGAAGCGCUGCGGAGUGGUCAGACAAGUUAUGGGCCAAGUUGGCGCGCCAGUGGCCUCUGAUGGUGGUGCCGUGGGAGUUGCUUGGCACUGCUUGCACACACGCCAGUUCUUGUCUCGAACAAUGGCCGUACGGCGAGGUAGUGAAGAGGCGAAGUUUUUGGCAGAGGUUACUCUUUGAGGACUGCAUCUGGUACCUCAGGGUCGACCUCUGGACAAACAUGGCUUGCUCAGCGCUCUUGGUUCUGCACCACCGCACUGGAUCGCGCUGCUUCUGGCUUGCUUGGGCAGUGCUGGCUGGAGCCUGCUUGAGGCAGGCCUCGCACAACACCCCUCGCCACUACAAGCUGUGGUCGUGCCGAUUGCCGCUGGCGCUUUUAGUACUUGGCGUCACCCAGAGUCGCAGCGCAGUGCGCGCCUGGUGCCGCUUGCCCCGGUGUGCUGCUUGGGCCGCGAUUGGCAGCCUCGUCGUCUUGGGCUGGGGAUUUUGCUCACGGUCGUGGAGUCUCUUCAAGGACGAGUGCGCGACGACUCCGAAGCAAGGUUGGCUGUACUUAUUGGAGGGCGCUUGCUUCCACGUCGGCCUCGCCGCAGCCUGCUUGCGCGGCGGCGGGGACGAUGCAAAGGUCGGCAAUCAGUCCAUUGGGUGGUUGCUGAAUUGGCUUGCGGGCUUGUCAUUGGGCGUGGUGCUGGUCAACGGUGAGGAUGCGCUGUACACCUCGAUGGUAAACUGCGAGCGCGGCCAGGUCCCGCCGUGGGCCUUCCUCGAGAGGGACGGGUCAUUCACGGAGUUCAACUCCGCCCAGCUGAUGGAACGCCCGCGCUGGAUCGGCUUUGUGCUCCGUGUCGCUUUGGGUGUCCUCAUGCUGGUGGUCAGCCAGCUCGCCGUCUGGAUCGUGCAGCGGCCGUGGGUCGCGCUGUUGCGGCAGCUGCCGCGAGCUCUGACCCGCGCCGUCGUGGCCGCUUUCCUCGCGGUGCAGCUCUGGCGGAAUGGCCCAAGCCUCGGGCGGAGCGGCGGCGGCAGCGAUGAUGCUUGA